GACCGGAAGCGGCGGUGAAGCGGGGCGGGCGGCAGGAUGGCGGGGCUGUCGGUGCGGGACCCCGCCGUGGACCGCUCCCUGCGCUCCGUCUUCGUGGGGAACAUCCCGUACGAGGCCACAGAGGAGCAGCUGAAGGACAUUUUCUCCGAGGUUGGGCCUGUGGUCAGUUUUAGGUUGGUAUAUGACAGGGAGACAGGAAAGCCAAAGGGCUAUGGCUUCUGUGAGUACCAGGAUCAGGAGACUGCUCUCAGCGCUAUGCGGAACCUGAACGGACGAGAGUUCAGCGGCAGGGCCUUGCGCGUGGACAACGCAGCCAGUGAGAAGAACAAGGAGGAGCUGAAGAGCUUGGGCACAGGCGCUCCCAUCAUAGAGUCACCCUAUGGGGACCCUGUCAAUCCCGAAGAUGCCCCUGAAUCCAUCAGCCGGGCAGUUGCCAGCCUGCCACCUGAACAGAUGUUUGAGCUGAUGAAGCAGAUGAAGCUGUGUGUCCAGAACAGCCCCCAGGAAGCCAGGAACAUGCUGCUGCAGAACCCCCAGCUGGCUUACGCCCUGCUGCAGGCCCAGGUGGUGAUGAGGAUUGUCGAUCCGGAGAUUGCACUGAAAAUCCUUCAUCGCCAGACCAGUGUUCCUCCUCUGAUCCCAGGCAACCAGCAGCCAGUGCCAGGACCAGGACCAGGGCCUGGGCCAGGACCAGGGCCAGGUCCAGGUCCAAAUGCCCAGCUGAACCCACAGAACACCCCGUCGUCGCAGCCACAGCCCAUAGGUGGCAUGCACGUAAACGGUGCUCCUCCUCUGAUGCAGCCGCCUAUGCAGGGAGGAGUGCCAGCCCCGGGAACGAUGGCAGCCGCUGUGCAGGGCCCGGGCCCCGGCCCCAUGGCUCCGGGAGGUGGGAUGCAGCCGCAGGUUGGGAUGCCGGGAGGAGGGCCUGUGCCCUUGGAGCGCGGACAAGGGAACCUGCAGCUCUCGCCCGUGGGACCUGCCAGGCCUGCGUCUAUCGAACGCGUUCAAGUGCCCAUGCCAGACCCGAGGGCCCCUAUGCAGCGUGGACCUCUACCUGCUAGUGGCCCGCCACCCCGAGGCCUUUUGGGAGAUGCCCCGAAUGACCCUCGUGGAGGGACCCUGCUCUCAGUCACUGGAGAAGUGGAGCCCAGAGGUUACCUUGGGCCGCCCCACCAAGGAGCCCCUAUGCACCAUAUGCCUGGCCAUGACAGCCGUGGCCCCCCCCAUGAGAUGAGGGGGGGACCCAUGGGAGAACCCCGACCGCUGAUGGGAGAGCCGCGGGGGCCCUUGAUGGAUGCUCGAGUUGGAAGAGACCCACGAGGGCUGGAGCCGCGUGUGAUGGAGCCGCGAGGCCUGGAGCCACGAGGCCUGGAGCCAAGGGGCAUGGAGCCACGAGUCCUGGAGCCACGGGUCCUGGAAGCGAGGGCCAUGGAGGCCAGGGUCAUGGAGCCCCGGGGCCUGGAGCCUCGAGGGCCUGGUCCCAACCCACGCGGCCCAAUGCCUGGUGGGAUACAGGGUCCUGGGCCACUUAAUAUGGGAGCCGGUGGCCCGCAGGGACCCCGCCAGGUACCUAACAUGGCAGGGGCUGGCAUGCAAGGAGGGGGCAUUCCUGGGGCAGGGGUCCAAGGAGCUGGUCAGCCUGGAGGCUUUAGCCCUGGACAGAGCCAGGUCACCCCACAGGAUCAUGAGAAGGCAGCCCUGAUCAUGCAGGUUUUGCAGCUGACAGCAGACCAGAUUGCCAUGCUGCCCCCAGAGCAACGGCAAAGUAUCCUUAUUCUGAAGGAGCAAAUCCAGAAAUCCACAGGGGCACCGUGAUAGGCUUGGCAGGCGUGCGGUAAAAAUGCCAUCUGCCUGGACAGAGGUGACGUUCUGUGGCGGCUGCUUCCCAUCACCAUCUGAGCUGAUGCUGCAUUUAGGGAGAGGUUUCUCCUCCCCCUCCAAUGUGUUUUGCCCUCUCAUUCAUCUCUUUUCCUCUGUGCAUAUUUUAUGAUGUUUGAAAUAAAGUGGGAGGAGGGUUUGAGUAAA